UAGCAGCUAAUGUUAAACCGGCAGUUCGCCACACGCGCUGCUGCCAGUGUCUGAGCUAAAAGCAUCACAGCUACCAGCGCAGGAGCUGCUGCACUCAAAUUACUUCAAACUCAACCCAAACACACAUUACUGAUUCCCUCUUGUUGAAACCAGUUGACCAAAGAAAUGGUGAUGGAGAAGCCAAGUGCCCAGCUUGUCGGGCGAGAGUUUGUCCGACAGUAUUACACCCUGCUGAACCAGGCUCCUGACUACCUGCACAGGUUUUAUGGCAAGAACUCGUCUUAUGUACACGGUGGUCUGGACAAUAGUGGCAAACCAAUUGAAGCAGUCUAUGGGCAGUCUGAAAUCCAUAAGAAGGUGAUGGCUCUGAGCUUCCGUGAUUGUCACACUAAGAUAAGGCAUGUUGAUGCUCACGCCACUCUGAACGAGGGAGUGGUGGUGCAAGUGUUGGGGGAGCUGUCCAAUAACAUGCAGCCCAUGAGGAAGUUCAUGCAGACAUUUGUUCUGGCACCUGAGGGAACAGUUGCAAACAAGUUCUACGUACACAACGAUAUCUUCCGGUACCAGGAUGAAGUGUUUGGGGACUCGGACUCCAAUAACAUGCAGCCCAUGAGGAAGUUCAUGCAGACAUUUGUUCUGGCACCUGAGGGAACAGUUGCAAACAAGUUCUACGUACACAACGAUAUCUUCCGGUACCAGGAUGAAGUGUUUGGGGACUCGGACUCAGAACCUCCUGAGGAGUCUGAGGAGGAUGUGGAGGAGCUGGAGCGGGUGCAUUCGCCUGAAGUGGUCCAGGAGGAGUCUGCUGGGUACUACGAACAGUCGCCUUGCGUGGAGCCUGAGGGGCCACAAGAAGAGGUGUCUGUAACCCCAGAGCCCCAGCCUGAGCCAGAAGCAGAGGUGGAGCCUGAGCCAGCAGCUGUGGAGCUGAAACCGGAGCCUGUCAGCGAGCCUGAGGUUCACAUUGAGGAAAAGAUUCAGAGAUCUCCCCCUUCGCCCACACCUGCUGACACGGCACCCACCAUGCCAGAGGACAACCGGCCGUCGUCUUGGGCUUCAGUCACUAGCAAGAAUCUCCCACCAGGAGGAGUGGUCCCCGCCACAGGAGUCCCUCCACAUGUUGUCCGAGUCCCAUCUGCGCAGCCGCGUGUCGAGGUGAAAGCAGAAACACAGACCACAGCACAGAGACCCCAGAGAGACCAGAGACCACGCGAUCAAAGACCAGGACCCUCUCCAGCCAACAGAACAGCAAGACCAGGAGCAGUGCGGGAGGGUGAGAGUGGGGAACCAGAGGUGCGGCGAACGGUCCGGUAUCCCGACAGCCACCAACUCUUUGUUGGAAACGUACCUCACGAUGUGGAUAAGAACGAGCUCAAGGAGUUCUUUGAACAGUACGGCACUGUUCUUGAGCUGAGAAUCAACAGUGGCGGAAAGCUGCCUAACUUUGGAUUCGUGGUAUUUGAUGAUGCUGAGCCCGUGCAGAAGAUCCUCAGCAAUCGGCCUGUUAAACUGCGAGGAGACGUUCGGCUGAAUGUAGAGGAAAAGAAGACCCGCUCGGCCCGUGAAGGUGACAGGCGGGACAUCCGCCCCAGAGGCCCGGGGGGACCACGCGACAGGGUAGGCGGGUCAAGGGGACCGCCCGCCCGUGGAGGCAUGGCUCAAAAACCCAGUUUUGGAGCCGGUCGAGGCGCAGGACCUAGCGAGGGGCGUUACGCAGGACCACGUCAGUGAGGCAGCUCCCACGUCAUUCACUGCUGAUGCAAGUCACCCUGGUUAACAACACAGACGGCUUCCCUGU